GUAAGAGACAGAUUACGCUCAAACCUUCGGCUCGUUUGCGUUCAGCAUAAUUUAAGCAAUUAAUACUCUUGAAUGAGCUGAUAACAGUAAUAACAAUAAGACACAUUUAGCAGCGGACAAAGCGAGGAGGAGGAGGAGGAGGAAGAGGAGGCGUGUUGUUUGACAGUCGGAGCGCUUGGGGAGGCAGGGUGGCCGCUCCGCUCCGGGGGUCUCCGGUUGGUCCGUGAGCGAUGGAAGCGCGCCCCCGACACUCCAGGUGACCGAGAGGGAGGCAGAGAGGAGCGUGGGGACGCCGGUCGCCCGGUCGCUGGUGCGUCGCGUUGGAGAAACGGCAAAAAAAAAAAAAAAAAAAAAAAAAAAAUAGAAGAAGAAGAAGAAGAGUUGGAGGAAGAUGACUCCCGUUCCGUCGCCCGCUUCACUGACGGCGUGUCUGCUCCUCGUUGCGGGAUGUUUCGCGCAGAAAGUGUACUUUGACUGCGGUGCCAAGGUGGAUGUGGUGGACGUUCAGGGCCUCAUUUUGUCUCCUGGCUUCCCCUACAACUACUCCUCUGGGACUCACUGUGUUUGGCAGUUUGUUGUUCCAGUCGAUUACCAGCUUGUUCUGGAGAUAUUUGACUUUGACGUGUUCGAAAGCCACGAUUCCGAAGCUCAGUACUCUGCUUUCUCUAAUUUUGAAGAAGAAGACGAAGAGGCAGCAGCAGAGGAAAGAGGGAAGGUCACGCCUACUGGCUUAUCCGCUGACGGAAGCUUGUCGGCAGCCGCAAAACCAGCGUUUCAGAGUGCAGGGGAUCUUCUAAAGACUCCCCGAGAUGGCGUACCUAAUCAAGUCGUGGUCCAGGAACAGUCUACAAAAAUCGAGAUUGCCAAAGUUACAAAUUCUGCCAAAAGAUCUGCAGACCUUUCUUCUAUUCAGUCUUCAUUGGCCCCUUCUUCCCUCCUUCUCCUACCUGGUGCUGCGCCACCUGCAGACGAGAUCAACAGCUCCGUCUCUGCCUCUCCCUCAAAUGAAAAUCUCAGUCCCACUUUGAGCCCAAGCGCGGUUGUGGAGGACACCACGUAUGGCUCACCGCCCUCCACAGGAACUCCUCCUGUGAGCCCUGAAACUCAGCAGUCCAUCCUUGACGCCUGCCCCCACGACGUCCUCUACAUCUCAGACCUCAUCACCUUUUCUUCUAGGUUCUGCGGGUCCAACCGCCCUCCCAGCAGCCAGCUGGUUUUUGGCUCAAGCCAAGAGAUGGUGGAGGUCAUCAUGGAGCUGAUCACCACCACCCACUGGGGACGCGGAUUCGCGCUUCUGUUCCACUACCACAACCUGACUGAGCCGGGAGAGGACCAACGAGCCACGUCCCCAUCAGGCGGCAAGGUGGACUCCCUUCUUGCCGCUGUGAGCGGAGCCGCUUUCUUCGCUCUGAUACUCACGACUGUACUCUGCAUCAUUUUCAGACCCAAACUGUGUCCAAAAAGAGCCAGUUCCUGCACAUCCACCAACUCUGAGGUCGCGGAGGGAGCCCAGAGCGUUGCCGCCGAGAUCAGUGAGCUCCAGCUGAUGGCUGAGAAUCAAGCCGGUCCGGAGUCGACCGCAGAGCAGGACACCCACAGCAACCAGCCCCGUUCAGACGCUGCUGAAGGCGAUGUGCCCCAGACGGCAGACGUGGAGCUCUACUGCAGCGGUUUGACUGAACUUGAUCUCGGUGCAGAUGAGGUUUUCAUUGCAUCACCAGCGGCCUGCCCAAGCCGGCUGCUCUUCUACCCCCACGCUCAGCGGGAGAGGUUCCUGCGGCACAGUGACACCGGACCCGGUCCCUCGCGCGACUGGCCCUCAGCGGACACCUCGCCGGCCGGGGCCAGGUCCCUCAAAGAGAGCGUCUGCUCGCGGCCGAGAGCCUGGAGCGUGCGCACCUUCCAGGACUUCCUGCCGCCGCUGCCGCAGCUUCACAAGAAGUGGUGCAGCUGGAACUCCACCAGCCCCUUCACCAAGCUGGUGGACAACACGCCAUCUGGUUUGAUCCCCGACUGCAGAGAAAGCAACAGCAGGAAGGUGUUCUCCAACGCCCACCUGGAGGCGCAGGUGAACACCAGCAUCGUCUCUGACUCCUCCGCCAGCAACGCCUCCUACCCCCUCACGCAGCCCGCACAGCGCCAACGCCGCCUCAACUCCACCAGCAACCUGCGCCGCUCCCGCUUCACCGGGCCGUGUUUCGGCCUUCUCUCCGAAACAAAAGAUCCACCGAAGGGGGGCGGCGUCCCCCCGGGCUGCAUCCCCUCGGAGACCGGCCCUGGCUCUUCUUCCCCACCCUCCUCCAGCUCUUCCUCCUCCUCCUCUUCCGCUCAGUGCCACGUCGAGAGCGGGCCGGCCGGGAAGAGGCUGGAGUUCCCAGGCGAGGGCCAUCACAUCAGCGUGCCGGUGUUCGCCAUCUCCGAGGAGGAGGACAGGCAGCCGCUGGUCUCGGCCCAGCACCUGGAGCAGACGAACGGACCGGUCGGGGCGAAGCUCGAGAGCAAACGGCCCCCCGCAGGCAGCGUCAGCCCCAAGAGGCUCAGGCCGGAGUGGAGGCCGUGGGGCAGCCAGGUGUCGGGGGGCGCUGCCCCGCCGGCUUCAGGAGCCUUCAGGGAGUCAGGCGCGCUGAAGAACGGCCAGCCGUCCGUGAGUCUGUCCACGGGGCUCUGCUCCGUGACAAACCACAUGUGACCAGGAGCCGGGGAGACGAGACUGUGCUGACCCAGACCUGGAUUUCUGUACUAGUGGCACUUUCUUUUUUUUUUUUUCUGACAAUGACUUUUCCAAACUCCACUCUGCACCGCAAAAACACAAAGUCUUACCAAGAAUGUUUGGUCCAGUUUCCAGUGCAAAUGUCUUAGAUUUGAAAUAUAAAGAAUGAACUGACUUUAGGGCAAGAAGUAGGAACUUUAUUCGAGUCAGUAAUUUAAUAUUAAUGAAAAAGCUUGAGGUAUAACUUAUAAUGCAAAAAUUACAUGAAAAGUUAAUAUUUUUAUAUAACUUUUAUAUUAAAAGUUAAAAAUUUUCCCCAAAUUCCAACUUAUAAAAUGGUAAAAAUGUCUUUGUUCCACUGACCGAUAUUUUACUCAAAACUAGUGCUUUUUCAUAAAUAUUAAAAAAAUUAUUGACUCAAAGCAAACUCCUGUUUCUGGCUAAAAAGCUUCUUUGAAGACAGCUUUGUCUUAUUUCAAGUGUACUACGAUGUUAUUCGGUACUCUAAGAAACCGAACCAAAGAUACUUGGUGAGAUUUUGCGCCGGCUUAUCAUUUCUUAUGUACACAUAUGAAAAAGGUUCUUGGACAAAGAAAACGCUGUUCAUUCCGCAGAGGGACUGACUUUGUUAAAAGCACAAACGGCGUUUCUUCAUGUCUGUUAGCUCCUGCGUUUCAGCCGCCGCACUGUCCUGCGGUUCUCCGUGUCGCUUUUUACCCACGAGUAUUAUGUAGGGCGUAGAUAAAUCAUUUGUAUCACUGUCACGUCGGUGUACGUGUUCUUACGACUGAUGGCGGAUUCUGAAAGGGAAGUCGGAGCGCAAUAGAAAGCGAGAAUAGAGACCGUUAUGCCGAACAGAGCACUUAAACGAUAGUUGUUCAUAUGUAAGUAGAGGCUCAAUAAACAAGCAACUGUUAA